AUGGGAGAAUAUUUUACAAUUCUCAAAGAAUUUGAAAACAAAAAGCGCUCAAUCAAUCCAGAUUUUCAGAUGUCUUUUGUUACAAAAUUGCCAGCUAUACUAAACCAAAACUGCUCUGACCAAGAUAAAAUGAAAGCUAUUCAGGCAUCCUAUUUAAAAGAUCAAGUAAAAAUUGUGAAAGACAAGGUGAAAAUUUCUGCUCGAAUGAUGAUGAGUUUUUUCGAAGACUCAUUAAGUCAAACUAAAAAACAUGUUAUGGAAAUUUUACAAACUGUCACAAAUAUAGAACAUAUUCUCAUUGUUGGUGGUUAUGGCGAGUGUAGUUUGUUACAAGAAACAUUCAAAAAAGAGUUUUCGAACAAAAAUAUUGUUAUACCCAAUGAGUGUAGCUUGGCUGUUAUCAAGGGUGCAGUACUAUUUGGACAUGAUCCUAUGGCGAUAUCGUCAAGAAUUUUACGGUAUUCCUAUGGUCCUGCAGUACAUGCCAUUUUUGAUUCAACAAAGCAUCCGGAAGAAAACGAUAUAUCGAUAAAAAAGGCAUUGAAAGAUGUAACGAUGCCUUCGACCAGCUAA